UCAUCUCUCUAUGGCGGAUCAUACAGCCAUGCACUGCAUAUGGGGGAGUAAAACAGCCGAGGUGAAGGGGAUGGAGAAGCAACAGAAGACAGGCUUCAGUCUGGUCAGGAUCAUGUCCCAGAAUUACAGAAAGCGGAAUAAUAAGAAUCCGCAGCAGCAUCACAACAACAUGCCCUUCAUGAUUCACUGUCACAUUGGCAAAGAGAUCAAACACAUAUGCAGCAACUGCAGCCGCGUCAGCCAUGCACAGGACGCAGAGGAGGUGGAGAAAUUGGCAUCCAUUCGCUCAGAGUCCCUGCUGUCUGGCACACACACACCACCCAUUCACUGCAGGAGCAAGCUCAGCACACUGGAACGCCUCUUCAAACCCUGGAAGUGGAGGAAGAAGAGGAGUGAGAAGUUCAAACAAACAUCCACAGCUCUGGAGAAGAAGAUGUCCAUGCGUCAGAGCAGAGAAGAGCUCAUCAAACGAGGUGUGCUCAAAGAGAUCUUUCAAAGAGACUGCAGGGUUCCUGUCGUGAAUCAGGACGGGCGUUUAGAGACUGGGCUGACGACAGGGUCUCUACCCAGUGCUCUAGACUGUGACAGGACUGCAGAGAUCACAGAUGCACAGAGGUCGGCCACCAUUGACUUCCGGGCGUCUCUGGAUCGAGGAGUGUGCACUCAGGAAAAAACACUGAAGACAUCUCUAACACUUCCUCACAAGAAAUCAGUCACCUUUCCUGCUGAUCUUCAGGAAACUCCUGCCAAACCUCAACUCAUCCACAAACAACCACCAGCUCUCCCGCCCAAACCCUUCUCCAGAAUGACCAAUCACAGCACAGACUCUUGUCAGUUAAAAUUGUCGUGUGCGCAGGGCAAGCUAUCUCCUCCACUACCUCCAAAAAAAGUCAUGAUCUAUGUGCCGCCCUCCUCUUCGUCCCCGGUGUCAUUCACGCAGAAAGCCCCACCCCUCCUGCAGUAUGGUCACCCGCUGCAGCUGCAGUACGGUGGCGUUCACACAUCUAGCCGCAUAAUCGAGGAGCUCCAGAAGGCACUAGCGCUCACCAUGCACAGACUGGAGAGCUCUGUGGGUCAGUACAGUGUUCCUCUGCCUUCGGUGGUGCUCGACUGUGAUGAUGAUAAAGAAAACAUUCCCAAUGAAUCCGACUAUGAGGACCUGCCCAGCAUGUAUAAAGAGGAAGAUGAAGAGGAAGAUGAAGAUGAGGAUGAGGAUGAUUCUCUCUUCACGAGCACACUGGCGUUGAAGAUCUUGAGGAAAGACUCUCUUGCAGUAAAGCUGAGUAACAGACCAUCUGAGCGUGAGCUUCAGGAAAAGAACAUCUUACCAGUGCAGACGGAUGAGGAGAGACUGCAGUCCAGACAACAGAUAGGAACCAAACUCACACGGAGAUUAAGUCAGAGACCCACAGCAGAAGAACUGGAGCAGAGAAAUAUCCUCAAACCUAGUAAUGAGCAGGAGGAGUUGGAAGAAAAGAGAGAGAUCAGACGCAGACUCUCACGCAAGUUGAGUCAAAGACCCACAGUGGAGGAGUUACGACAAGCCAAGAUCCUGAUUCGGUUCUGUGAUUACGUGGAGGUGGCAGACGCUCAGGAUUAUGACAGACGCACAGACAAACCCUGGACACGACUCACUGCAGCCGACAAGGCUGCUAUCAGGAAAGAACUGAAUGAUUUUAAGAGCCAUGAGAUGGAGGUGCAUGAGUCCAGCAGACAUCUGACCAGGUUUCACAGACCAUAGACCACCACUGUCUGGAGGACUGCUGCCUGAUGGCCAUUUCUCCCACAUCAAACACUAGUGCUGGCGCCCGACUACACAAAAAAAACACAAGACAUCUGAAAUGCCUUCUGCAAAACUCUUUGAGACGCCACCAUCACUCAAUCAGACGAGUUGUCAAAGUAGCAAUGUCAAGUGCAACCUCCUGUGAACUUUUGCAAUGCCAUUCAGCUUUAGUAACAUCUAUACAAUACAAUUGAAUCAUUAAUCUCCAUGAUGCCAUUUUUGAUUGAUAGAUCUCCUUGUACGGAUAUGGCAUUUCCCCUAACAGCGAUGCUGGUCGACAUCAGAAAAAGACCUUUAUCUGUACCUGAUUCUCAGGUUGUGAGCGGGCACCAAUUUUAGCACUUUGAAGCACUUCUGCCUACCUGGCACACUUUUGCACAGAUUGCAUUUGUGAAAGUGAGCAGAACUAAUUUCUGUAUAAAUGGUUCUUAAAACCAAAGGUCGAAGACUUUACGCAAGAAUUGAAGCAAGAAAGUUUUUAUGACUCAUUCGUGAAAUACAAGCUGUGGUAAUGUCUGUGUAUAUCUGUUCUGUGUAGCUAUUCGUUUUAUGAAGGAUGUACACAGAAAUUGAUGCACCAAUUUAAGUGGUUUUAUGAACAACUUGCACUGAAAUUGGUGCAACAAUUUGCGCAAGAAUUAUAUAUAUGUAUUUUUAAUUUAUUUGGAGGAUUUACACAAAUGAAUGUGACAACUUAUGUAAGAAUGGCUUAACGAUCGAUUUACUCAGAAAUUGUUGCAAAAAUUUACGUAAGAAAGAAAUUGUUGAAACGAUUUAAACAAGAAUGGUUUUGCAAGCGAUUUACACACACUGAUGCAAAAAUGUACGUAAGAAUGUUUUUACACAAACUACGCAGAAGUUGUUGCAACAAUUCACACAAGAGUGGUUUUACGAAUGAGUUGCAUAGAAGUUGUUGCAGUGAUAUACACAAGAAUGAUUUUGCAAACGAUUUACACAGAAAUCUUUCAACAAUUUAUGGAAAAAUGGUUUUACGUAUGAUUUACGCAGAAAUUGUAGUAAUGAUUUAUGCAAGAGUGGUUUUACGAGCUAUUUACGUAGAAAAUGCUGUAACGGUAGGUAUGAAUGGUUUUGCAAACAAUUUACACAGAAAUCUUACAACAAUUUACGAAAGAACGGUUUUACAUAUAAUAUACUCAGAAAUUGUUGCAACGAUUUACACAAGAAUGGUUUUGCAACCAAUUUAAGCAAAUUUUGAUGUUCUAGCCCCCGGCUGGUUUGUAUGCGUCAUUGCCAUUAUGUACUUAAAGUUAGAUACAAGUUAAAGGUUUUGUUCAUCACUACAUCCUCAUUGCUCUGACUACAUAGACCUCCACGGCAAACUGUGUAUUCUAGAGAAUCUGGAGUCAUUUGUCGGUGCUUGAUUUUAUAUGUACAUAAUGUUUAUAUGACAUUAUUAAUAGGAUAUUUUUAUUGUGCAGUAUUCAAAGAAUGGAAACUGUGAAGGGCUUGCUUGAGAAAAGCUCAUGGAACAUACAGAGAAGAAUGAUUUAUCAGUUUAAUCUAUUCUUACAUUUAUUUAUUUUAAUGUCUAUAUUUUUCUUUCUAAGUGGAUCUUUAAUGAAAGGUAUAAUAGAUGAACAUCGCUUAAAAUCCAGCACAACCAAAAACCUGUUGUAUAGCUGGAUGUGUGUAUUUUAUGAUUUUUUUUAUUUACAUUUAUAUAAUUUCAUAGUUUCACAUCAUUUGUGCGCGUAUGUAUUUUAUUUUUUCACAUUUUUUUAUAUGUUUAUCCAGUGUUAUGCAGACCAAGCAAUAUUCAUGUUGACAAAUGUCCAGAAAGUUAUUCAUUAUAGUUAAUUUUGUUGUUAACUUUUAUUAUCGUGGAAUGUGAAAGCAUUUUAUGAAUGUUUUUCUUUCACCUGUUGGUGUUUUUUAUUUUUAAGGGUAUAUUGAUAAAUGCAUUCUAAUAAAGACUUUCACCAUAUUUUAAGUAGACAUAUGAACUACAGAUGGUUGUGCAGGGUUUAAACACUGACACGCUCAUUCAUAAAUCGUAGCAAUCUUUCUGACAUGUCUUUAAAUAAACACUACAGCUUGAGCUGUUUAAUUAUGACCAAGCAAAUGAAGACCACAUGUUUAAUGACUCUGCACUUGUGUUGUUUGAAAAGUGAUUACAAGAGAGAUGUUUUGACAGUGUGACUGUUUAUUAUUGCUGCAGUGAGUUUUAUGUUACUGUGGGGACUAAAUAAUGUCAGAUUUACUAUUUUAAAUCAUAAAAGAUCUUAAUAUUUGCCCUGAGCAAAAACUGGUUGAUUUUAUGCAGGUCUAAUGACUCGAUGUGGAAGAGUAAAUACUCAUUUGAUCAAAUUUGAGAACUUAAAUCACACUCUUUUCUGCUUGGUUGUUUUUAGGUUCUUAAUGAAGUUCUCUUUAUGAAUCGCAUCAUACACAUGAAGGGUGUUGGUCUGUAAUGUAUGUAGAUGAUUCACAGAUUAACUCUUGUCCUCGCCAAACUCUUAGUCCCUUAUUUCAUUUCUUUGUAAGCAUCUUUAUGAAUUGUAAUUUUAAUGUACAUGAAUUCAUAAAAUGUUUGUCUUUUAUUUUUUCCAUUCCUACAGUGACUCAAAGUAU